UGCAACUUGCUCAGUUAUUAUUUGCACGUCGCCAGCACCAGUAGGUUGUAGUCUGAAGCAGUCUGAACUGCGAGUUCAUCGAGUAGUGGAACACCUUAAAAAUUUAUCUGUGAUCAUUUUACAAACUGUGGUGGUAUGCUAAUAGGAAGGUACCGGAGUAAUAAAUCGUGAUUCAAGUGUCAAUAGUCCUGCAGACCGUGAGAGUGUUUGAAGAAGAAUAAAUUAGCCGAAGUGUCCGAAUGAUGAAUCUUCUAGGUGCAAGAAUUGUGUUCUUUGUUCUCCUGGCGGCGCCGUUAGUUCCUGGUCAGCAGUACACUGGCGUUAAAUCGAUAUUACCGGCUGACGCUAAGGAUGAUGGAGCCAAAUCACUCACGACGCCGGACCAUGGAGGUGGAACGGGCGGUAAUGCACAUCCAGUAGCGAUUUCUGCGCGUUCGAUUGGCAAAUUCACAAACGACGCUCCGGCUGCUGACAGUAAAGUCAUCAACCUAUCGAUCAAACCACACCAGCAACGGGAUACAUCCGGUACAAGAGAGGCCAGAAAUUUGGGAUUUACGCCAGACGUUUCACUAAAUUCUAUCCCCGGGGGUUUAAACAAUGAACUGUCGAAUGUUGACUUGAAGGAUCCUGCAUCAACGCCUUCCGAAGUGGCUAAAGAUAGCUAUGGGAAUCCGGUCACCCCGUUCUCGGCACUGGGAACUACUGGCUUAGAUUCCGUUGGAUUCUUAACCGAUGUUAGCAAAGAUGGUCCACAAAGCGGAAAGAGUGAUCAAUUCGGUCAACUUAAUUUUAAAGUCCCCAGCUACGCUUCGGGUAUUAUUCAACCGGUUUUGCUCCCACCAAAUUCUCCAGCGGGCUUUGCCGAUCAACUACCAGUCUCAACAACAGCAGCUCCCACCACAGCGUUCCAAUUCGUUCCAAACGCAAAAAUACCCACCAUAGAUGGAGAUGACAUUCUUUUCGCUCAACAGCCGACGAAUGGACUAGUUCCUCCACUUUUUCCAGGCGAGCAAACCACCACAUACAAGAUAAACGUUGGCACUGAACGAUCGCCGUUCUUUGUGAAGGAUACCUUUGGUUCACCACCCCUGGAUCAGGGACUAGCUCCACCGUCCGACAAAUCGCCAGUAAAUUUCAACCAAGUUCCUCAGGCACCAUCUCUUGUUCCUCAAACACCUCUGCAGGUGCCCGGCCAAACGCUACCUCACCCACAGAUUCCUCAGCAGUCUCCCUUCCAGCCUACGAAAGCCCCCGUUCAAAAGUAUACCGGAAGCUUUGGUGGAGCUCCCGGUUUCCUCGGCAGCCAGCAGAACAUCGGCACAGCAUACACUUCAACUCCUCUGUCAAGCAAACCUGUUCCGGUACCCACUGUCCCAACACCGACUCAAACUCAAUUCCUGCCAACAACGAAACCCGCGAGUACCACCCAAACAGUGAAUAAAUUCACGGGAAGCUUCGGAGGCGCACCCGGUUUUCUGGGCAGCCAACAAAACCUCGGAACGGCGUACAAACCUACAACCUCAAUCCCGCAAACUCCGCAGAAACCCCUGCAACCAACACCUUCAUUUCCUUCCCAAACCCAACCCCCAUCCGCCAUCAAACCACCGAGUCCUUUCCAGCCUCCUCCAGCUCCACAAGCGCCACAACCCACAAAAGCUCCUGGUGGUCCUGGAUUCACCUUUGGUGCUAGCACACAGCGACCCGGUCAGUACUCGGGAAGCUUCGGUGGAUCCCCCGGGCUGCUGGGCAAUCAGAAACAACCCGGCACUCACGUGAAACCCGAUGGCUCCAUACUCCCACCAUCAUCCCCAGGGGUAGGCUUCACCGCUCCUGCCGCCGGACCGACUGUACCGACCGCAUCAAGCUCGCGACCUGUGAGUAGUGGAAGUACCUUUACCGGUAGCUUUGGUGGUCCCCCGGGUGUGCUACGCCCGUAUGAUAACGUGAAGGGCUAAAGUGAUUGGAGCUGGUGGGUGUUGUGGAAGAAUGUUCUUCUCAAAGUGAAAGCGUAAAUAGUUAAGAAGAAAAAAUAAUUUUAUCAUUUUAGAUUUAGAUUGGAUAACGAACCGGAAAAAAUGUCAAAAUCGAACAGCAUUUUUUGUGUAUCGAUUGUAUCGAUUAAGAGACAAAAUAAAUUAUUAUUAGUAUAAAAGUGA